AACAUCAUGGCGACCUGCGCGGUGGGUGCAGCUGUCAGCGCACAAUAUUUUCUACUAAAACACACGUUUAUGACUUCAGGGAAGAUCUGUCUUCUGCCAGGCAUUUGCGGUGGUAAAGUGCUUUCAUGUUACAGCAGCUGGAGGACAUGCAGCUCAUCUGCACCUUCCCGCUCUUCAGAGGCUCCAGCAGCAGAUGUUUGUGUCUCCAGUGAGACGAUUCAACACUUUGACGGCCUGGUUCGAGGUGGACACCUGAGGAAAGACGUCCAACAGAGACACGUUAUCCAGCAGCUGGCCCAGCUGCAGCACACCAUGAAGACCUACAGUAACAGUAUCUACCUGAACCCACCAAGGUUAAGCUCACAAGAUGACAGCAGUAAACCUCAGACUGGCAUAACGUCAGCUGAAAGCAAAAGUGCUGAACCCACUGAAAAGGAGGCACCUGUUCAACCACCACCGAAAGGCUUCUAUAUAUACGGAGAUGUUGGCACAGGCAAAACCAUGCUCAUGGAUCUGUUUUACUCCCGUGUGGAAAACAGCCGCAAAAAGAGAGUCCACUUCAACGGCUUCAUGUUGGACAUCCACAAAAGGAUCCAUCGGAGGAAACAAAGCCUGCCAAAACGAAGUCUAGGGAAAAUGUUCACCUAUGACCCCAUAUCACCGGUUGCCAUGGAGAUCAGCAAUGAGACCUGCCUCUUGUGUUUUGAUGAGUUUCAGGUGACUGACAUCGCUGAUGCCAUGAUCCUGAAGCAGCUGUUUGAGACGCUGUUCAAAACCGGAGUGGUGGUGGUGGCCACCUCCAACAGACCCCCCGAUGAUCUGUACAAAAACGGACUUCAGAGGGACACCUUCCUACCUUUCAUCGACGUGCUGAAGGAAUAUUGCCACUCCAUCUGCCUGGAUGCUGGGAUUGACUACAGGAGGACGGACAAGGCUGAAGCAGGGAAGCUCUACUACCUCACAGGGGAGCCUGGAGCCGAAGCCUUCUUGGAUGCUCUGUUUGAGGAGCUGGCAUUAAGACAAAGAAGUGUUACAGGUCCUCGGGUGCUUUCUGUGCUGGGCAGAGAUGUGACUCUAGCAAAGACCUGCGGCUCCGUCGCUGACUGUACUUUUGAAGAGCUGUGUGGUCGAGCUCUGGGUGCCAGUGAUUACCUGGAGAUGGCUCGGCUCUUUGACACCGUAUUCAUCCGCCAUGUUCCCCUGCUCACUCUGAGUCUGAAGGACCAGGCCAGACGCUUCACCACCCUCAUAGACAACUUCUAUGACAACAAGGUGAGAGUUGUACUGCUGGCAGCGGUGCCUUUAGAGCGACUGUUCAUCCACAGUGGAGGAGACGAUGAGAGAGAUCGACAGCUGCUGGAUGAUCUGGGCCUCAGCGGGGAGGCAGCAGAGCGACUUAGUCUGUUCACAGCUGAGGAGGAGAUCUUUGCCUUCCAGAGGACCGUGUCCAGACUGAUGGGGAUGCAGACUGAGUCGUACUGGGUGGAGGGAGACCGCAGUCACAGCAAGAAACACUCCAACACCUAACAUCUGCUGCUGCCACGAUAAUCAUCUACCUCCAGACAACACAGUACCUCACUAACUACUGACACUGCGUAAGAGAUUUAGCAGAAUUAGAAAAGUUCAAAUCUAAUUUGGGCAACCACAGUGAAUUAUUUGCAGGAAAUAAACAACCCUUAACUCCACAGCAAAUCUAUAACAAGGCAAAGCUAAGCACGAAGGCCGUUUGCCUUUGGGUAUGACUACUCCUCAUCUUCCAUGAGUGCUGCGCUUUUUUUAUUUGCUCCGUUUUUCUAUGAGGUGUGCUCUCUCCCCCUUGUGGACUAUUUGAUUGAAAGAAUAUGUAAAUCUCUUCACCGUGUGUGAACCACAAGGCAAACAGGUGCUCACUUCAGAGAGAAGAGGAGACCAAGUGUCCCUCACUGCAGUAGUUUGCUGCCCUCUAGUGGGUGGAUCUGAAAAUGGAAAUACUCUCAACCUGGCCAGGUUUUUAUGAAAUAUUGUCAGUCUUUGUUCAGUUUUCAAUUUAACUUGCUGUGGGGAAAAUCUGGUGAAGGCUAAAAAAUGUUAUGCAUGACCAAAUUCAAAGUUUAUAUCCAGGGAAAUGUUGAAGUGUCUUUAUGGUAAACUCAGUAGCUGUUAGACUCUUAUUAGUUUAUUCUAAGUCUGAAUUUGUAACCAAGUAGAAUCUCCUGAGCCUCUAUUUCUAACGCUGUACUUUGUGGCUGUUGGGUGGAGAAAUUUGUCUUGCAUUCUUGCAUGUAAUGGCAUACAAAACUACCAACUAAAAACUGUGACAAAAUAUUGCCAUAUUUGAAUUUUCGAAUUUGUUGAGACAAACAAGCCAGGUUUCUAAAAUUAUAGUGCGAUUAGCAGUAGUUGAAUCAGAUAUUUAAAAAAUAAGCACUCACAGAAAAGGGAGGUGUACAAAGAAAUCUAAAAGAAUUAAUUUUACGUGCAACAACUUGCAAGUGUUCUCUUUUAGUCGCUUUAAUGAUGGGGUUUUUUUUGGUCUAUUUUUGUACAUGAAUUAAAUGUAGCAUUCAUUUACAUGUAGGAAACCGCUUCCAUUUUUUUGUAAAAUGUAACACUAAAAUGGCUAAAAUGGAACAGGCAUCACGGAAAAUACAUAUAUUUUGCAUAAUUUGAAUAGAGCCAAUAAUUCCUGCAGUUGAGGUAUUUUAUGAUUUUACCCCACAUUCAAACGGAAAAACUAACAUCUUGAAGUACAAAAUGACCUCAGCACUAAAGAUGUAAUAUACUAUAUGUUAAAGGAAAGUGGAAAAAUACAUUUAUACUUGACCAGCUACACCUUUUCCAUCUAUAUUCUAGCUGUAUGUAACUGCAGAUGGAACUCGUACUGGCUGUGGUGUUUUGUAACUCCCUCCUGUUGGCCUGUAGGUGGCAGCAGAGGGCAACAAUUCUUCAAGGUUUAUUAUUGUGUCCAUUUAAUGAUGAGGUCAUCCUAGUGCACCACUCCAGCCUGGACCUGCCCGCUCACACAGCUACUCCACUAUCUCAUCCACGAGCAUUAUAUAAGAUUCUGUUUUUCUACCAACCAGCAAGCAUCAAUGGACAAAGUCAAAAACACCGGAGUAAAUGCAAAAUGUCAUUAGAUCUAACGGACGGUUCAAGCAUUUUGGUGUGUGCAAAGAUCCUCUCACAUGACAUGUUGCAUAAAUAUGCUUGAGUCAGUAGCCAGGCUCAGAGUCGAUCCUGCUAUAUCUUUUAAUUAAAUAAAAAAUCAAUCAAUGCCGAGGCACCUAAUCCAAUCAGAGCUUCAUGCCAUUUGGGGCAAACAUCAGCCACAAACAGAGAUGGGCGCCGGCUUUGUGAUUGUCUUAAUUGGAUGAUUCACGCUGGCUUAGAGGAGGAAUCGUCGUCUCCGUACUCUCCGGACCACAGUUAUGAUGCCCAGUGCUGACAAAGGGAAAACCGGAAGCAGCUUUUGCAUCUUCAUUUUAAUUGCUUAAGAGGAAGACACAAACAUUACACCUGUGUGGUCCACACCUCCUUGAUAAAACACAAAACAUGCUAAAAUGCCUAAAACGUGUAUUCAAUUUACUGUAUGUUUAAAAGGUAGCAAGAAUUUGAUGUCAGAAGGUCCGGAAAAUGAGUUUUGAGAGAGCACAGUUGCACAUUGUCCUGAUACAGUUGUUUAAUCAGGUUUUCACUGGAUUAUACAGAGUCGUUGGUUAGAAUGUGUCCUCAGUCAAACAGAAAAGGUGUAAAAAUGUGAAAGACUUUGGUCUGUGUGUGUAUUUUCAGACUUGGGUGUAUGGCCGUGUCCUUGUGCUGCACUAUUGUGGCCUUCAAAAGGGGCAUUUAGGGUGAAGCGGGUUUAUCUUUGGUGCAGAAUAAAUUGGAACCUUGCCAAAGAUGCCAUAGCCGAGUUUGUAAGGAGCACAUCUGAUGAGAUAUAGAUCAACACAUAUCUAAAUAAACUUGUUAGAACAUGUAUAAUGCUAUAGUGUAGUAGACAACUAUUGCAGCAUACUAUUCUCAGUGUGCAGGUUUGCCACAUGAUGAAGCAAAUAAAAGUCAAUAUUUAGUUAUUUGAA